AUGUCUCUCGAGCUGACAGGAUGCGACAACAGGCUCAAGGCCCGUCAUGUACAGUUCAUUGCCCUCGGAGGCUCCAUCGGUACAGGGCUGUUCCUUGGCAUUGGUGCAGCUCUGACCAAAGCCGGUCCACUCUCCCUCCUUCUCGGGUACACCCUUACCGGUUUCGCAAUCUACGGCAUGCUUCGAUCCCUCGGCGAGAUGGCCACCUGGCUUCCUUUGCCCGGCGCUAUUCCUCAAUUCUGCACGAGAUACGUUGAUCCUGCUCUCGGUUUCGCGGUCGGUUGGAAUACCUGGUAUCAAGCAGCAAUCACCCUCUGUGCAGAACUCUCGGCUGCCUCCAUCGUCAUCGGGUACUGGGAUGGUGCAAAAGAUAUAAAUGUCGCUGUCUGGAUAAGCAUAAUCUUAGUGCUCGUUGUUAUUCUCAACAUCUUUGCGGUCUCGGUUUACGGGGAGGCAGAGUUCAUCUUUGCAUCAAUCAAAGUCAUCACCAUUGUAGGCUUGCUCAUAAUGACUUUCGUCGUCAUGCUCGGGGGAAACCCACAGCAUCGUCGCCUGGGUUUCACCUAUUGGGUCGAGCCAGGGCCUAUGAAAGAAUAUCUCGUGGCGGGUACAACUGGGCGUUUUCUUGGCUUCUUCGCCACUCUAGUCAACGCCGCGUUCUCUUUUGGAGGCGUGGAAAUGGUAGCUGUCGCAGGAGGCGAGGCUGAAAAUCCGCGGCGAAACAUUCCUAAGGCUGUCCGGAGGGUUUUCUGGCGCAUCUUGCUCUUCUAUGUUUGCGGUUCCCUUGCUGUCGGAAUUCUCGUUGCUUCAAAUGACGAACGUCUAUUGUCAGCUCAGAAAAGCAACGCGGCGGGAGCAGCGCAAUCUCCAUGGGUUGUUGGUAUCCAAAACGUGGGCAUCACUGUCUUACCGUCUAUUAUCAAUGCAGUGGUGUUGACAUCGGCUUCUUCUGCUGCAAACGCUUUCGUCUAUUCGGGUUCGCGAUACCUGUACGCGCUCGCACAAAAUCAUCAAGCUCCUGGGUUCUUGCUGCGCUGCAACAAAAAGGGCGUUCCUUACUUUGCUGUGCUAGCAACUGGGGGAUUUGGUGUCCUGACGUACCUUUCAGUCCAAAAGAACGGCGGCGCUGCACAGGCAUUCCAGUGGUUCCAGAAUCUGGUUACCAUUUCGUCCCUGUUUACAUGGGCGUCCGUAUGCCUAGCGUACAUUCACUUUAACAAGGCACUCAAGGCCCAGAAUGUUGAUCGCACCUCAUUGGUCUUCAAGACUCCAGGCCAACCAUACUUGGCCAUAGGUGCUCUUGGCUUCUUUUGCAUAGUCAUUAUAUUCAAUGGCUUCUCAGUCUUUAUCCAUGGACAAUGGGACGUUGGAGCUUUCAUCGCUGCUUACAUCAAUAUCCCUAUUUUUGGCAUCCUUUUCAUCGUCUGGAAGUUGGUGAAGAAGACCAAGUUUGUGGCUGCCCAGAACGCUGAUAUCACUACCGGUAAGGAGGAGAUAGACGCCGAGGAUGAGUUGUGGGAGGAGUCGAAACCGAGGAACAUUUUCGAGAAGAUCUGGUUUUGGAUUGCGUAG